AUGUUCUUGCUGUUUUUCCUGGCUCUCUUCUGCCUGGGAAGCCCUGUGCUCAUGGCCUCAGUAUCUGUCUCUAAAAGCAAGCCAGUGGGCAUUGUGGGAGCCCACCGUAGCCAGAAGGGGAGAUGGCCAUGGCAGGUCAGCCUGAGAACCUCCAGUUACAAGACAGGCUCCUGGGAGCACAUCUGUGGGGGCUCCACCAUCCAUCCACAGUGGGUGCUCACUGCUGCCCACUGCAUCCAAAGGCAGGAUGCCGACCCAGCCUUAUACCGGGUUGAGGUGGGGGAAAUAUUCCUGUACAAGGAGCAGGAACUUCUGAACACCAGCAAGAUCAUCAUCCACCCCGACUUCAACGUUUUUAAUAAGAGGUUUGACUUGGCCCUGCUGAAGCUGACUAACCUCCUAUCUAAGCUCUUCCUCCAAGAAGUGACCAGGCCAAAGCCCCCUGCCCACUUCCUGGGGCUUGAGGAUAAAGGGGCUGAGAGGCCUAAGCUGGAGGACUUUGUGGAGACCGGGCAUGGUAAGGGCACCAUCCUCUCCUUUCCCAGAUACCUUCACUGA